GUGGUUACUGAGCUGUUACCGUGGUGCUGCGUGUAAAUAGAAUGCGGGCAGCAGCCGAGGACAAACACAGCGCAGCUUAGCGACGCAGCUCCGAGGCUCGGGUACACCAAGGACCGGAGGAAGACCUCGGCUACCGGCUAUCCAGCGCGGAGAGAAGCGGGGUACGACUACGUGCGGCCCGCCUGUGUGAGCGAAAUGCGUAAUUCACUGACAUGAAUAGUAGGAGCCCAUACUCCCAGUACAAUGAGACGGAUAGACGGAGAGGAAGGAGCCCUUCACCCCGGCAGGAUUCUACAAGCACACAGACUUACACUACAAAGAAAAGCAUGAAGGAUGACCCGGGCAUGGCUAGGACAGACCAAAGGAAAAGGAGCGACCGGGAUAGAAGCCCAGAUAUUGAGAAAAGCAGUGACUCUUAUUAUUCUGACGAUUAUGACAACACAACCUAUGGGUCUGACCGAUCACCAACACCCAGCUCCAAGACCUUGUCACCUCGUGCCAAAAAGACUGGUUAUAAAGUCAGAUCUGUAACACCUGUACAGAACAGAGGUAUAAAAAAAGUGAAUACCAAAUUUUCAUCAAGUAAAAAGGCACCACGAUGGGGAUUUCGUUCCCAAAGCCUAAACAAAGAGUCUCCUCCUAAGGACAUAGAUGUCGUCACUAAGAGAGUUCUUUCGGCUCGGCUUUUAAAAAUAAAUGAACUAAGAAAUGAAUUAACCGAGCUGCAGAUGAAAUUAGAAGAGUGUCUAAAAGAAAAUAAGGCCUUAAAGAGGUUGCAUUUCAGGCAGGAAAAGGCCUUGAAUAAGUUUGAGGAUACCGAAAAUGAGGUCUCCCAGCUCAUAUCCCGCCAUAAUAAUGAGGUGCGGACGCUAAAAGAACGACUGCGCAAAUCCCAGGAAAGGGAGAGGAAUACAGAAAAGAGGCUGAAGGACACUGAAGAAGAGCUCUACAGGGCAAACGUCGCAUUAAAGAAGUUAAAGCAGCUGUCUGAAAAUAAACACCUUGCCGAACGUGAGGAGCUAACAAAGAAAGUGGAUCUUCUGGAACUCAGGCUGGACGAUCGAGAAAGAAGAGUCAGGGAGUUGGAGAAGAACAUUGAACUGACACAAAGCAGUUUCCAGAGGCAGUUGAUAGUUGAGAAAAAAAAAGUCCACGAUGUUCAAGAGGAUAACAAAAAGCUGCAAGAGGAGCUUCAACGGUUGACUCAGAAAUUAAGAGACAAAGAAAGAGAACUUGAUGCAAAAAAUAUCUAUGCUUAUCGUUUGUCCAAGCCUUCACCUAAAAAGGACACAGAGAUUACACCUAGGAAGAAAGGGGUGAGCCCUAGUGUUAACAUAAGUGUCCAGACAAAUGACAGUGCCUCGUGGUUGGACUUUCCUCCUCCGCCACCCUCGCCUCCAAUUCCAGUUGAAGAUAAACUGCAGACUGAGCAGGGAGUUUUGGUAAGAAAUGGAGAUGAUGAUCUAGCAAAGGAGCUCACAGAGGAAGCGGAGAGGAUUAAAAGAGAAAAACAAGAAGCAGAAAGGCUUAAAAGGGAAAGAGAACAGGCAGAACGAAAACAAGCGCAAGAAGAGAAGUUGAAUAGAAAUAAGGAGCAAAAGAUUUUGGAAGACAAAGCAAGGAAACUGCGUGAAGAAUGGGAAAAAGAAGAAUUUGAAAGAAAGAGAGAAGAUUUGUUAAAUGAAGAAAAAACUAUAAAGGAAGUUGGUUUAAAUAGAAACGAAGACGAAAGGCUUAAAAAGGAGCUCUUAUUAGCAAAAAUGUUCGAAAUAGACAGAGAAAACCACGACCCCUUUUACUCCGACAACUCUAAACCUGCCUCAGCACCACUUGUGGAUCCUUUAAUAAAAGUGGACACCGCAGAUACAAGGCAUAAAACAUAUAGAUUCUCAGAGCCAACUGAAAAACUGUUCAAUGGCCUCCCAGUCAAUGGAGGACGCGAGUCAAAAAGAGAUGUCCAAAGUCAUAAAAACACAGAGGAUACCAAUGGUGACGUCACAUUUGGAAGUUAUACUCCAUCUUUUGGAAGGGGGAGAACAACUGUUGAUAAUCAAAGGAAAGAAGUGUUAGAGGAGUCUUUUAUAACCACAUUAAAGCUGGACAUACAAAAAGAUAAAAAAUCUAAUUUAAUGGAGCAGCUUUUUGGAAACGGUUCUAAUGCUACGUUACCUUCUGUUUCCAAAUUUGAUAACAAAAAUGGUCUAAUUUCAAACAGCAGCAGAAUCCAAGAUCAGGACUCAAACAACGCUUUACCAUUGGAACAAAACCGUAAAAUCAGAGGGAAAGAUGACGUGUUCUUACCUGGGGAUGGCAAACUCUCAAGCUCCAGUAGAAGCCGCUUGCAGAACAUGCCGGGAAGGACGGCAAUAAAGGCUGUUAACUCUGUAGAAGAUGAGAUUGAAGAAUUGGCAUUAUAGAAAUGAUGUAAAUGUGCCUGUUCAAUAUUUAUAGCAUAGUAAAAAUGAAAAGUUUCUUUUAACGUGUCUUUAGUAUAUUGUAAUAUUUUUAAUUGCCCUAUUUUUCUGAAGCGUUUUAUUAAAUAUUUUUUUGAAAUAUAUAAAGAAUAACAUAUCAAAAAGUUUGCCAGGGUUUUAAAAGGCUAUGGAUGCCUUUGGGAACAUUUUAUUACCACCUUCUACUCAAAAAAAACUUUCAACAAUUUAUCUUCUACUGUUUUCAGUUUCACUACUUCUGCACACUGUUCCUUCAGCUUUUCAGUGAAAUUUAUCAAAGAACUGAUCUGACAGCUCAAUCUGUAGCCCUUAUCUCACACACAUAACCUAAAGUUUAUUCGUUUUAGAAGAGUUUAGCUUAGAUAAAUGUUUGAGCUGCCAGGGAACCUAAGAUAAGAAUGUAUGUAGUGGAAAUACAGAAACAAUUCAGCCACUAUUUUUUUUAUUU